AUGAAGACGUCGGAGAAGAAGUAUAAAGCGCUGCAGAAACCUAGCGUAACGGCGGCAGUGACGUGCCAAAGAGGCGUCAAGCGGGUGACUGGCGGCGCUAUAAGAGACGCCCCCGUGUUCUCGCGACGCACACUUGUGUGCCCCAGUCAGAGGCGUCCAGGAUUCCCAGGGAUGAACGUGGUCACGUUGCUGCUGGCUGCCACGGCGCUAAGUGCUGCCUUGGCGCAACCUCAAGGUUUCGCUGCGCGCUUCAUUCCUCGGGUCGCCUCCAGGCUCGCCAGUGUUAUUCAGGAGUUCAACAACUUCAAUGGCAUCGACCCGUGGCGCUGGGGGUACACUCGCGAAGACGCGACCACCCGUGAGGAGGAAGGGACCGUGGAGAAUGACGAGCUGAAGGUGCGGGGCUCCUACAUGUUCGCGACGCCGGAGGGCACGGUGCACAAGGUGGGCUACGUCGCCGACAAAGACGGCUACCGCGCGUCCUCAGAGCCGCCGGACCAGCAGCUGCUCGACCGUCUGGGCACGAACGCCGGACUCACGCUCGUCGGAAAGUGAAACGUGU